AUGAUGCCAGAUCCAUAUCGGAUCAAGAUCCGCACUCCGCCUGUCUCCGCUCCUAUAAGUCUCCGGGCCAAGCUCUCGCCUCAACUGUCCUCGACGACUUUCAGACAUUCUAUAACUCGCACUAUGGGCGUUACAAUUGAAACUAUCACUCGCGGUGACGGUGUCAACUUCCCUAAGAAAGGUGACAAGGUCACGAUACACUACGUCGGAACACUACUAGACGGCAAGAAAUUCGACUCCAGUCGGGAUCGAGGGAGUCCAUUUGAAACUGAAAUCGGCACAGGGAAGGUGAUAAAGGGCUGGGACGAGGGGGUGCUACAACUAUCGGUUGGACAGAAAGCAAUCAUAACCGCUACCCCAGAUUUCGCAUACGGCUCUCGUGGCUUCCCUCCUGUGAUACCACCGUUCUCUACGCUCAGGUUCGAGGUUGAGCUAAUAAAGAUCAAUUGA